UUUAUUAUAUAAAUUGAAUUAAAAUGUUCCUUCAUACAUCAAUUGAUAGGUCCAAGUUCGAUAAUAAUGAAUACAGAGAAACAGAUCCUCCAGAACAACCUUCAGGGUUCCGGAAGCAGAAGAGAAGGUUCAUGGUGAAAUCUAGCAGCUCAAGAUUAACUGCUAAAAGCAUAAAGCCUAAGAAAACCGUCAGGUUCGCUCUUGACCAUCAAGACCUUGUGAAGGAAAAUACUUUACCUGAUUCUUCAUCAUCCCCAGUUAGAGAGAAAGAUGUUAAAAUUUGUCCAGUUUCAUCAAUGCCAAAGGAGAAAGUAGACACGAAGAUCAAGCGGAGCCAAAGUAAUCUCAUGACUCGAAAAGAGCGUGGAAAAUUCAAAAAUGGAAGUUUGUCUUCAAUAAAAUAAGAGUUUUACUAAAAUGAUGCAAAAUCAGCCAAAUUUUAAGGAAAUCAAAAGGAUGUUUAAAAAUAGUCAGCCUUCUGUUAAAGAGAAGUUCAGGUUCAAAUACCCUAGAAAUAAUGCUCGAAAUAAGUCAAUUUUGGCUAUCAAAGAUAAAAAUUCUGUGAAUACUUCAGGAUUAAGGAAAUUUCAAUAUGGGUAUCAGAGCGAGAAUGAACCACAAAUGUCCCAUAUACAAGAGUCUCGGACUUAUGAUUCCAGGGCUAAACGACUGGAGUCACAUAAUGUGAAAUAAGAGUCUUUAUAAGCCUGUUAAAAACAAAACAGAUGCCAAAAAUCACUGAGAAUCACGAAAGCUAACCCCUGAGUUCUAUAAAGCUUUACUAAAGCAUGGAACAUUCAUGAGGGAGAACAUUCGGGAGAAGGGUGGUUUUCCAUCACGUGCUGAGGUACACAAGAAUGAAUACUCUACUCAAAGCUCAGUUGAACGAUCUCACCAGAGUGCAUUCUUCAAUGCACCAUUCAACCCUAAUUCCUUCAGGAAGAGCAAGCUAAAAAUUCGGAAAAUCCGGCCUCAAACAGGCAGAAAUAGGAAAUAUUUCCAGGAAAAGAUGAGUGUCACCAAGAACAACUUCUUUAAUUAGGCUCUUCAGGGCUCUAGCCUGGCAUGAAGGAUUUUAGGAUGAAGCAAUAAAGACGCCAGAAUUUAUUGGUAAUGGGGUUCAGUGAG